AGAGGUCCUCAUGUGGGAUGCCGUGGGCCCCCGCCCUGGUAGCCCCAGGGCUGCCGGACGGGAGCGGGCACCGGGCCCGCGCCAGGGCGAGAUCGAAUUCGGAGGGUCUGGGAAGAAGCGGGGCAAGUUCGUGAAGGUUCCAAGCAGCGUGUCCCCCUCCAUGCUCUUCGACCUCCUGCUGACUGAGUGGCACCUACCGGCCCCCAACCUCGUGGUGUCCCUGGUGGGCGAGGAGCGCUCGUUUGCCAUGAAGUCCUGGCUGCGGGACGUCCUGCGCAAGGGGCUGGUGAAGGCGGCGCAGAGCACAGGAGCCUGGGUCCUGACCAGCGCGCUCCGCGUGGGCCUCGCCCGGUAUGUGGCACAGGCCGUGCGUGACCACUCGCUGGCCAGCAGGUCCACCAAGGCCCGCGUAGUGGCCAUUGGCGUGGCCUCGCUGGGCCGCGUCCUGCACCGUCAGCUUCUGGACGAUGCACAGGUAAGCGUCCGUGUGGGAGCCCGAGCCGCUAGCAAGUUGGACCUGGGGGGUGGGGCCCGUGGCCCCCAGAUACACCCACGCCAGGGUGGGAGCUACAUCGAGGAAGCCACCAACGCGCUCUCGAAGGCUGGCCACACCCCACCGCCCGCUGCCCACCAGUUAUUUGGCAAACCCAAGGCCCUCCACAUGCCAGGCCAGCUCUUACCCUGGGGCAGCACUGGGCAGGAAGGGCCCCCACCAGCUGCCCCCGGGACACUGCCCGCCCCGGACCCUCGGCUCGUCCUCGCCCUGUGUCGGCCAGAAGGGAGGCGCAGGAGGCGUCAGCUGGCCGGUGGCGGGGCAGGCACCUUCCACUCCACGUCCCCGUUGAAGAUCUCGCUCUUGGCGAUGUCCACUCGGUCCCAGGCCACGGCCAGCUUGAGCUCGUCCAGCCCUGAACCGUGGCCUGGUUCACACCCUCUGAAUGGCGGCGAGGGGCCCUCCAUGUUGCACGGCUGUCGGCAGAAACGCUGGCCCCUGGGACCCCGACGGGACAGGGGCCUUAAGGAUGACGGUGUCCAGCUCCUCGGAGCCCUCCUGCUCGAAGUCGUGCACGGUGAGCAGGUGCGGGUGGGAGGUGAUGGUCUGCAGCUGGGACACCAGGACAAAGGCCCUGAGUGGCCCUGGGGCCGGGGGCCUGGAGCCAGAGCGAGCUCGGGGGCUUGUCGGGGGAGGGAGGAGGCUGGGAGCUUCCUCGCGGGCGGGCGCCUCGUCCUGGGGGCUCCUACCAGCCGGGUCCAGUGCAUGACGUCCUCCCAGCGCAGAUGUUCGCCCGGAAACUUCUCUUUGAGCUGUUUCUCCACUGCCUGGGGCACCAGGAGGCUGGGCUGCGUCACCAGGGCCGCCAGCACGUCUGCGAUGCCCCCUGAGCCCGCCAGGAUCAGCCACGGGGCAGCGUGCUCCACGGCCCAGGAAAUCCUCUGCGGCGGCGUGGCGGGGAGAGUGAACCCCGAGUCAGCUCAGGGGGCCAUCCUGGCCCACGUGCCGGAGCGGCCCGGUCCCAGGCCGGAGGCCAGGGGGUGCCCGCCAGGCCCCCUCCUCCCUCCCCUGCCCUACCUCCAGGGUGCCGGGGUCACCAUUGACCAGCAGACAGAGGACGGGGAUCUCGAUGCUGCCGGCCUCACCCCCGUAGCCGGUUCUCUGCUCGGAGAUGUGCUUCUCCAGCCUCAGCCUCAGCUCCGUCGGCCCGUCCCCCUUCCCGGGGCUCCCCGGCUCCACCAGGACGAAGUGGGUGUGGUUGUUGUCCAGGGAGUAGAGGGGGCCCUGGCCGCUGCCUUCGUCCUCAGGGGCUUCUUCACGGACGAGGACACACGUCUGAUGAAGAAGUUCGCCCUCUACGUGGGAGACCACUGGAACAAGUGUGACAUGGUGGCCAUCUUCCUGUUCAUUGUCGGCGUCACCUGCAGGGUGCUGCCCUCAGCGUUCGAGGCGGGCCGCACCGUCCUCGCCGUCGACUUCAUGGUGUUCACGCUGCGCCUCAUCCACAUCUUCGCCGUCCACAAGCAGCUGGGCCCCAAGAUCAUCAUCGUGGAGCGGAUGAUGAAGGACGUCUUCUUCUUCCUCUUCUUCCUGAGCGUGUGGCUCGUGGCCUACGGCGUGACCACGCAGGCCCUGCUGCACCCCCACGACGGCCGCCCGGAGUGGCUUUUCCGCCGCGUGCUCUACCGGCCCUACCUGCAGAUCUUCGGGCAGAUCCCGCUGGACGAGAUCGACGAAGCCCGUGUGAACUGCUCCCUGCACCCCCUGCUGCAAGAGGGCUCGGCCACCUGCCCUAACCUCUACGCCAACUGGCUGGUCAUCCUCCUGCUGGUCACCUUCCUGCUGGUCACCAAUGUGCUCCUCAUGAACCUGCUCAUCGCCAUGUUCAGCUACACCUUCCAGGUGGUGCAGGGCAAUGCAGACACGUUCUGGAAGUUCCAGCGCUACCACCUCAUCGUGGAGUACCACGAGCGCCCGGCCCUGGCCCCGCCCUUCAUCCUCCUCAGCCACCUGAGCCUGGUGCUCAAGAGACUCUUCCGGAAGGGGGCUGAGCAGAGGCGGGCUCGCCUGGAGAGAGACUUGCCAGAGCCCCUGGACCAGGAGAUGGUCACCUGGGAGACAGUUCAGAAGGAGAACUACCUGGGCAAGCUGGACAGACAGAGGAAGGACAGCAAGGAGGAGGUGCUGCGGAAAACCGCCCACAGGGUGGACCUCGUGGCCCAGUACCUCGGGGGGCUGAGAGAGCAAGAAAAGCGCAUCAAGCACUUGGAGUCCCAGGUCACCUACUGCACCGUGCUCCUGUCCUCCAUGGCCCGGGGCAGCCCCCACCCGAACUCCCAGAACACCGAAGACGGACACCAGCAGGCGUCUGCUGACUGCAGGGAUGGUGUGGGCAGCAGGGAGCACCCAGAGGCUGGCCGGCGGCUCUCAGACACCUAAGCCAUUAGGACUGUUGGCGCAUGGGGCCCACCCCUCCCAGAGCCCCAGGCCUGGCCCUCUGGCCCAGAUCAGGAUGGGCCGGCGGGGACACGGCCCUUGGCUGGCCGUCCUGGGCCCUGAAGAUACACUGAACAUCUCCCCGGCUUCUGCGGAGCCCUCAGUGGGCUGUGGCUCUAGUGGCCUUUGUCAAAAGGAACGGCUCCCUGCCCUGCCUGGUGCCUUCCCAGGACCCCUCUCCCCCUGAAAGCAUGGUGGGCCCCCUCCCAGACUGAGCUGACAGCACUGUGCCCACAGCACCUCCUGUCUGGUGGGCACGUCUCAGGGCCCAUGCGUGUCUCCUGCCCACCCCGUGUUACCCGCCAAGAUGACUUUGUUCGAAACCUUAGUGGCUACUUCUGCCCGUUA